AUGAACGGUAUUAAUGGUCACGCAGCUGCCUCUGCGCUCUGGCAGGAAGCACGAAACGCAGAUGGGCGAGUUUACUAUUACAACACCAUUACGAAGGCGACGCAAUGGACCAAACCCGAAGAUUUGAUGACACCUGCAGAGCGUGCGCUAUCGAAUCAGCCAUGGAAAGAGUAUACGGCCGAAGGAGGGAGGAAAUAUUGGUAUAACACUGAGACGAAGCAAAGCUCAUGGGAAAUGCCAGCUGUAUACAAGGAGGCUUUGUCAAAAGAGACCGCAUCGCCGGCAGUUGCUGCUGCAUCAGUACCAACCUUCGUUGCAGGAGGUGGCUUUUCGGCAUCUCAGUAUGACCAACCACGAGACAGAGAACCUUUAGGAGAAGCUCGUCAAAUCGCAUAUGGCAAUGAUGUUAAUGGAAGUCGCGCUCAAGCUUUUGUACCUGCUAACAACGAUCCCGAUUAUUCCACUUUUGAAGAAGCAGAAGCAGCUUUUCUCAAGCUUUUGAAGCGACACAAUGUUAAACCUGACCUUACGUGGGAAGAAGUUAUGCGAUCGAUUAUCAAGGAUCCUCAAUACCGGGCCCUCAAAGACCCCAAGGAUCGAAAGGCUGCGUUUGAGAAGUAUGCUGUUGAGGUUCGGCUGCAGGAAAAGGAUCGUGCAAAGGAGAGGCUUGAGAAGCUCAGUUCUGAUUUUGCUACUAUGCUGAGAAGCCACCCAGAAAUUAAACACUACACCCGAUGGAAGACAGCUCGACCCAUCAUCGAAGGGGAGACGAUUUUCCGCUCCUCGAAUGAUGAUGAUGAAAGACGUCAAUUAUUUCAAGGCUAUAUCAUGGAACUUAAGAGGGCGAAUAUGGAAAAAGAGGCCGCAAUGAGAAAGGCAGCGAUGGACGACCUCGUUGAUCUUUUAAAAGGGUUAAAUCUUGAACCAUAUACAAGAUGGUCAGAAGCACAAGGUAUCAUCCAGUCACAUCCGCGUUUCCAAGGUGAUGAGAAAUUUAAGACACUCAGCAAGUCGGAUAUGUUGACAGCGUUUGAGAACCACAUCAAAUCUCUUGAAAAGACAUUCAAUGAUGUUCGACAGCAGCAAAAAACCCAAAAGCUCAGGAGGGAGCGUCAGAAUCGAGAUCGGUUCAUAGGUCUUUUGCGGGAACUUAAAGCUGGAAACAAGAUCAAGGCAGGAUCAAAAUGGAGUCAAAUUCAUCCUUUGAUUGAGAAUGAUGACAGGUACGUUGCUAUGUUGGGUCAGUCAGGUUCUUCUCCUCUGGACCUAUUUUGGGAUGUGGUUGAGGAAGAAGAACGCGCAUUGCGUAGCACACGAAAUGAUGUAUUGGAUGUUCUUGAUUUACGUGAAAAGAUUUCUCGAAGAAACGAAGAUGAUAAGCAUCAAGCAGAGCGCCAUCAACGCCGAGCCGUGGAUAACUUGAGAUCUUAUAUUAAGCAUCUCGAACCUCCUGUUCGCAUUGGCGAUGAGUACGAACGAGUUCGCUCUCGUUUUGAAGGAUCGGAAGAAUACCUUGCCGUACCAACCGAUGAACUUCGGCGCUCUGCUUUUGAUAAGGUAAUUCGUCGGCUUAAAGAGAAAGAAGAAGACGCCGAGAAGGAUCGUAGCAAGCGCCGUGAUAGAGCUUCAGUUGACCGUCCAACUCACAAAGACCGUGAACGAGACCGAGGACAUCGUGGCUCCGCUCGUCAUGAUAGGCGUAGCCGCUCACCAGAACCUGAUGCAUAUGAAGCAGAUAGACGAAAAGCUAUUGCAGACCGCGAGAAGAACUACCGAAAAGGUGGCAUGGCUGACACCUUGCUUUCUCCAAGUCGUCGUGAUAGGCGUGAUCCUGAUAUCCAUGAUCGUGAACGCGAGCGUGAUAGACUGAUGCGGGAUCGUGAUCUCGAUAAACCUCGGAGUAGACGAGAAGAUUCAAUGAGUCAUUACGAGCGAGAGAGGAGAGAUCGCGAAGACGAGAGAGAGAAGCUCUACAGGAGACGAGGGGAUCCUCGAGGUAGCAUCGAUGAGUUGCCUUACGGCGAUGAACGAUCAAGUGCACCCAGAAAAAGGAGAGAAAGUGAAGUAGAUGUUCGUAGGGAUAGUAAGAGAACCAGAAGGGAAAACACACCUAAACAACGUGAGCGCUCCCCAGUUCCCCCACGUGAACGGCGUCACAGGACUAGGACACCACCGGCUGCGAAAAUCCCCGCCAAGGAAGAGCCUGCUGUCCAUUCAGGUAGCGAGGAAGGCGAAAUCGAGGAAGAAUAG